AAGGCUACUUUACAACCUGUUGUUAAAAUGGAUCGACCCUAUCCUUGGGACUUAAGCAGGUCGGGUGUUGGCUGGAAAACUCGCGUCUCUGUGCGGUGUAGUCGAGUUGUUUUGACUGGUAAAGCAGACAAACAGGUUUCUGCUCUUUAAAUGUAGGUAUCUUUUUUUUAGGGUUGUGGAGAAAUGGUUGCUUUGAAUGGAAUUGUUCAGCGGAUUUUCAGUAUUGUUGGAACAGAAAUGGGGUAAUGGUGAAGGUUAUGGCCUACAUACUAUAAUACCUAUGGCAAAUAUCUAUGAUGACUGCUGCUUGUGGCUUCCUACUAAUAAACACCCACACGGACAAGGAUACUCAUUUCACUCAAAUGCAUAUUGAUCAGGGUAGGCAUGUGUGGCAAUGCCAGCCCUUUCAUUACUCUCAUGGCUACAGUUUUUAAGGUUAAAGGUGCAAUCCUACACAUGUGUAGACAUGCCGGGAGUUUAGGGUGCGUGUUGCUCCUCCACCUGUAGAGUACGUGGUGUGCCUCUGGCUGUAGGGAUCCCUGGGUGCAAUUUGGAGCUAUUUUGCGUCAUGCCGUGUUUGGGGUUUUGUGUGGAGAAGGCUGGGAGAGCCAGAUGCAGCCUCUGCCAGCCUUCCUCCUGUCGGAAUAGGGUGGGGCAGGCAGGAGAGACUUUAGCUGCCAUUGGCCGAGCUGCUGUGAUCCCCGCGAAGGUGCACAACAAGCAUAAAAGAGCCUGGGAAAAGAAGGGUGGAAGAGAAGGCAGGGAGAAGGGGUGAGGAUCGCCACACGUGGCAAUGAGAGGCAGAGGAGAAAGCCAGAGGAAAGAAGCCGAGAGGGCAAGGAAAAGCUGGAGGCAGAAGGGAAAGACGGGAGACCUGCAAGCGGGCAGGAGGGGCAGAGGGCUGAUUUCUUGGGGGAGAGCCUUUCGGGCCUCUGUGGAUGUGAUGUCCAGCAACCCCAGACCAAACGAGGCAUCUGGACUUUACCAUGAGCGGCAGCGCCUUGAGCUCUGUGCAGUCCACGCCCUCAACAAUGUCCUGCAGGAACGGCUUUUUACCCAGGAGGCAGCUGAUGAGAUUUGCAAGAGGCUAGCUCCUGAUGCCCGAUGGAACCCACACCGCAGUUUUCUAGGGACAGGGAACUACGAUGUCAACGUCAUCAUGGCAGCUCUCCAAAGUGUUGGGCUAGAAGCCAUCUGGUGGGACAAACGCAGGCCCCUGGAGCAGCUCUCCCUAGCAGGAGUUUUUGGGUUCAUCAUCAACGUCCCAUCUAAUGUGUGUCUGGGCUUCCUGUCCCUUCCUGUGAGACGUCGGCACUGGAUUGCUGUGCGUCAGCAUGAAGACAUCUACUACAACCUUGACUCCAAGCUGAAGGCUCCGGCUCCAAUAGGCAGUGAAGCAGAUCUCAGGAUAUUCCUUCAGGAGGUGCUAUCUCAGGGCCCCUGCGAGUUGCUGCUGGUUGUGCCACAGGAGAUGGGACAAGCUGGGAACUAACUGAGCACCGUCAGGUGAUCCGUGGCACCCAAGACUUCACCUGGGCUUUGGUCUGAAGCACGCUGCUCCAUCUCGCUUGUGCCAGUUGCUGCAUGUGUUGGGAGAGGAGUGGGAGCAGUGUGUUUCUGUUUACACUGCCACUCUGAAAGCUGCCUUCCCCUCUCCUUCCCCAGGAAUUGGGCAUUUCCAUCUUCUCCCCCUUUGUUUUGAAAGACUUGGCCUGUCCCAGGAUAGUAUGGAAUAAAGGAGGUGGUGCUAAAUAACAGAGGGUCUCCUACUGACAUGACCAGUUAGACCAUAAUAGUCAUGCAGGGGUCUUCUGACAGUGGCCAACUGAAUCCCUCUGAGCUGGGGAGUUUAUAGGCAGGACUUGACAAUGAUAUUCAUCCCCUUUUUAAUCCCUACCCAUGUGGCAUUUAAUAGUGUAUGUAUUCAAUGUGGAGGUUUAGCAUUUGACCCUCAUGGCUAGCGGACCUCUCUGUACUGCUCUGAUCUUUUUGUAAAAUAGCCAUUUCCGCUCAUGCAACAUAGUGGGUUUCUUGGGAUAAGUAACAGUUUCUUUGUCUUUGCCUUAAAUCUGUCCACUCAUGGUUCUGAAAGGGGUUGCUUUGAAAGAUAUCGGAAGAGAGGGUGCAUGUGGAGGAGCCAAAGAUAUCAUGCCAAAGCUUGCAUUGUUGAGAGGGACCUUUGUGAGAGUAGAGAAAGUACUUGGGAGAUUUCAAGCUAAAAGCAGCUCUUUAACCGAGUGGGCUCUGUGGCGAAGUGGCAGGAACCCUACACUGGCACUUUUACCCCCCAAGGCCACAGCGGUCAUCCCUGCCCCGUGUCCCCAAUGAGCUUUGCUUCAGACCUCACUGUAGUGGGGGAAGUAUGUAUCUCCCCAACAGCAAUAUAUUCCCUUGGUGUAAUGCAGAGUAUUUUGGGGUGGCCUGAUCUUGAAUGGGCAAUAAAGACCUCAUUUCCACCUGCUUCUGGUGGAGAUGAAAACAGCUAAAACUGUUUUUUUGAAAUGGAUCAACACAGUUGCCUGAAUUUUUGGACUGUCCUUGGGGGCAUUGUGGUUGGUGUUGUCAGGGUAAGAGCCCACAUUUCAAUAUUUACUACUCUACUCCUGGUGGAACAAGUCAGACUGUUUCUACCCUCUCUCGGGUCUUACCUGUAAUGGCAUUGGCAGGGAAAAUGAAAUACUUUGUAGACAGGGAAUAGAAAAGGUAAGGGAUUGAAUUAGCUGGGAAUGAAGUUUUAAAAAGUGGGGGGAGUAUGUGGGGAUCUGUGAAGAACUGCUAUGCUGGAACCCUGAACUAGACUGCUGAGAGCAAUUUUUGAGACCCCAGGUGGUGAGCACUAAAUGGAGCUCCCCUGCCUUUACCUGCUGGCUGAAAUUCAGCGGGGAAGCUUCUCCCAGCAACAGUAUAUUUUGGAGGAACCCUGGGCCUAGUGAAUUUUUGCCUGUCACCCAACGGUUAAAAGUGCAGGAUAGGGAUAGAGGCAGUGAUCUUCCUAGAAGUGGAAGCCAAUGCUGCUUGUUUUUCCUUCCCUAUAAUACGGAAAUGUAUCCCUUGUGCCUGAGGAGGAAAAAUUGCAGAGGAGUAUGCAAAGCUUCUUUUGAAAGGUCAGAAACGAGCACAGGGCUGCCCAGCAAUCGGGCAGUGGGAAGCUACUGCACUGCUUGAGUCCUUAAAGCUCCCAUGACAGUCCUCCAAAAUUUAUGCCUUUCUCCUUACCACUGCCACAAAUGUUGACAUUCUUUGCAACCUGAGAGAAGAUAAAUGAUGCAAAAUAAAUGAAUGUGGCAGAGUGUGCAAUUCUUUCGUACAAGGGAGAUGGUCAUAGCUUAUAGGUAUGGAGGGUUGGGCUGACUGCUUUAAGGGUGAGGGAGUAGGGUAGGAGGAAAAUCUCUCACCUAGAAGUAAACAAGGAGUUCCAUCUUGGCAUUUGUGGGAGGUGGGAGGAGGAAGGUGCAUAUCUUCUACUAUUUCACAGAUGAAAGUACAGUUUUCCGCAUACAGUGGCAUGACCCCCGCCCACAGAGAACAUCAUUGCUUCAGUCCUGCCAAGCCUGUUACAAAAGGACUCUGCUCUACCAUGUGGUUGCGUCUUGUGUUCGCUCCUUCUGCAGCAACCUGUCCUGUGCUGACUUUGGAAGCAUGUAUGAGUAAGCUGACAUAACAACUCCAUUAUAUUAAAUGCACACACAUGCUGCUAAUCUCA